AUUCCCUGGCCCGUAUCAUCCUUCCAAUUCUCGAUGACACUUUCAAGCUGCAGAAGUAUUUUGGCCGUCAGGUCGAAUCUAGACGCGCAACAGUCGAGAGCCCAACCGUCCAACAGUUUGUCGCACAACUCCCUGAAAUAGGCUCCUGUUGUCUUCACCUGACAGCGGGACCCAGAAAAAGGAUUGGCAAUUAAAAGCAUGCCUAGUGUGUAAUUUCGAGCUGAAAUGGCAGAUAAAAAAACAAGGAUCGAUCUUAUUCCCUGGGAUUUUAGCUCCGAGGAGCACCAGCAGCGCAUGUACCUACAACGGGUCGCAUGUGGGUGGAGGAGCGAUGAGAUCCAACGGUGGGUUGAGCUUGGAAAGGCUGGCCAGAAGACUCUCUACUGGGUUCUGCUUGCCGAGGUCCUACCAGCACGAGACCGAGAGGCUCUGAGCUCUCAACACACUGCUGAGUUUCCGCAGGAGUCAGCCCCAAUCGUGGACACAGCAACAACGCACUGGCAAAAGCCCCGCACACCCAGCAACCGUGCAUUCAUCCCCAUCGGCCACGUCGCCCUGGACCUCCGCCCCGAAGAAAACGCGCACCUCAAACUCACAGACGAGGGGAUUGUCUGGGUCGCGGGCCUCUACAUCUCCUGGGUUCUCCAUAGCCGGGGUUUCGGGCGGGAGGCCAUGGGCAUGGUCGAAAGCAUCGCCUCCCUGGAGCCCCUGAGCGCAAAAUGCAUCGUGCUGGACACCAUGCCUAAAGAUCAGCAGAUGAAGCCGGCUUUCAUCGAGAAGGUGUAUACCAAACAGGGGAUACCCAAACCGGCUGUGCCCGUGCAGGACUGGUAUGAGAAGCAGGGGUAUGAAGUCUUUGCUAGGGACGUGGCUGCGUACAAGUGGGAGAACGCCACUACUGGGGAGACUGAGGAUUUUGAUUACCUAUAUUUGAGGAAGAAGUUAACUUGAACGCGCAUCACUUUCAC